AUGACCAGCUACGCCUCUAUUCGUUCGCCGCCCAGCGACUCGUCGUCCCGCCCCAACAGCACCGCCAGCAUGUCGCGCCGUCCGCGUCGCAAGGAAAAUGGUGUCCACGGCCAGGCCAGCUGGAUCAGUAGUGUCAUCAACCUGGUCAACACCAUUGUCGGUGCCGGCGUGCUGGCCAUGCCCUCGGCCCUGUCCAACAUGGGCAUCCUGCUCGGUAUCCUCGUCAUCGUCUGGUCUGGUCUUACUUCUGGCUUCGGUCUCUACCUUCAAACAAGAUGCGCAAGAUACCUGGAUCGUGGUAGCGCGAGUUUCUUUGCCCUGAGCCAAAUUACAUACCCCAAUGCUGCCGUCAUUUUCGACGCUGCAAUCGCCAUCAAGUGUUUCGGUGUCGGCAUUAGUUAUCUCAUCAUUAUUGGCGAUCUCAUGCCUGGCGUGGUCCGAGGCUUCACAGACACUCCUGCGGCCGACUAUCUGCUGGACAGACAUUUCUGGGUUACUGCUUUCAUGCUUGUUGUUAUUCCUCUGUCUUUCCUCCGCAGACUAGACUCGCUCAAGUACACUAGCAUUAUUGCUCUGGUUUCUAUUGGUUACCUUGUUGUCUUGGUCGUCUAUCACUUUGCAAAAGGCGAUGACAUGGGUCUCAAGGGCGAGAUCAGCAUCGUGCCCGACAAGGGUAUUGUGCCUGUCUUAGCCAGUUUCCCUGUCAUCGUCUUUGCUUAUACAUGCCACCAAAACAUGUUUUCGAUUCUCAACGAGAUUGAGGACAACAGUCCUUUCAAGACAACUUCUGUCGUCUUGGCCAGUAUUGGUAGCUCGGGCAGUAUCUAUCUGCUCGUAGCCAUCACUGGCUACCUGACUUUCGGUGACAAUGUCGCUGGCAACAUUGUCGCUCAAUACAUUCCUUCGGUGGCAUCAACAAUCGGUAAAGCAGCAAUUGUUGUGCUUGUCAUGUUUUCAUACCCCUUGCAAGUUCAUCCUUGCCGCGCUUCAGUCGACGCAGUACUCAAAUGGCGUCCGGCCUCGCGCAAGCAGCCGGAGUAUGCUUCUGUCAAUGGAUCUCCAUCUCGAUCGACGCUCUUGAACUCUGGAAGCAAUUCGCAGAGAGGGCGUGGUGAGAUGAGUGAUAGACGUUUCGCGGUCAUCACUACCGUCAUCAUCAUUCUGAGCUACAUUGUAGCCAUGACGGUGUCGUCUCUGUCAGUAGUGCUCGCAUACGUGGGCAGCACAGGAAGCACAUCGAUCAGUUUCAUUCUUCCAGGACUGUUUUACUACAAGAUUUCAUCGCCAGACUCACCGCAUCACCAACGGUUGCUCAAGGAGGACGACGAUGAAGAGGCAGAGACAGACGGCGAAGAGACAAGGGGUGGAUGGAACAGUGGAAGCAUUUUGCGCAAGCUCAGUCUUGGGCUGGCGAUCUACGGACUGCUGGUCAUGGUGGUCUGCCUCGUCACCAACACAUUCUUUGUUGUUGCGCACUGA